GUUUACUUUGUGUUUUUUCUUCUCCCCCUUGUCGCUUCCCGUCCUUGGCUGGCUCCAUGAAUGUUUAAAUUCCCCCGAUCUUCUUGCGCAUUGGACGACCAAGGCCUUCUCGAUCUAGAACUACAUCCUAAUUUUGAACCAUCCACGCGACCGUACAAUACUACACACUUGCACACAAACAACCAACACUUGAAAACACUUGAUCGCAUCUUUCUUCACCAUACAAGCAAUUUUCGCAAAAGCAUUAAGGACCAGCCACUUCAGAAAAACAAAAGAGAAACUUUGCGUGCAACGCCUGCAACCCAACAGAAAACGUCCACUUUCAAAGACACGUUAAAAACCCCGUUCACAAACAAAAUGUCCAGCGCACCACUAUCCGACAAGGACGUUAACACCAGCAUGUCGGUCAACGACAAGACUCACGAGGUUGAGAAGCCCGGCGUCAAGAGCAUGGAGUACCACCGUCAGGUUCUCGCCUCCAAGAUGGAGGAGGAGAAGACCAAGACGUACAUCUCUCCUUCGGACAACAUCAUGAGCCCUUGUACCGCCAAGCUGAAUGCGUACCGCAACAAACAAGUCGGAAAGGCCAAGCCGAAAUCGUUGUUUGCUCAGGCCUCGUCUAGGAAGCUGGGCGGCAGCAACGACGGCGGCCUCUUUGGCUCGUCCAAGUCGGUCCCCAAGACUGCCACUCCGCAAGAGGCCUAGAGAACCUCGGAAAGCGAGUGCGAUGAGGACGAGGCGAAGCCGGCCGAAGAAGAGGGCCAGGCCGAGAAUGGCACGCAGUAGUGCCCCCCCUCACGCAACCGUAUGAGGAGUUCUCGGCAUUUGUUCUUGUUUCUUGUAACAAGACAUGAUGACUGCCUUGUUCUGCUUUUUCAAGGGACGGCGUUUUGACGACAUUGGAUCUGUUUUGUUUUUCAUAUUUGUACCACACCAACUUCCUUGUUUUUGGGGCAAACAUCUUUGAUGUUUGCGCCCGCUUUCUCUUUUUUUUUUCUUGCACUUUUGCUGGAUACUAGGGAAUAAUGGUGAUGGCACACCUGAUGGCAGGCUGGAUGGAACUGGGUUUUGUAACGAAUAUCACGUUUGACGACAGCAGCUGGUAUGAUAGACAUGACAAGGUUAUUUUGGCACCGAGCUUUUUUGUUAUGCUGCUGCUCUCGUACUAUAAAACCCACACAAUGAACUAUUUAGGCCUUGUAACCACUCACUAUGUACACAACAUCCUCAUCGGCCACCGGGUGGCCGAGACCGACUCUCUGA